GAAUAAUCUGAGGCCGGGAUCUGGAGCGGACAAGAACAUUGCAGAAAUCAGGAGGUUUAGCUCUUGUUGUGCAGUGCGCUGUGCUUGAGUGAAAAAUCAGGAAUCCGAGGGCAUCUGGGGCAGAUCUUGCUAUGGCUCAAGGAAAUAGUUAUGGACAGAACGCCAGUAACAACGGCACGGCGGACGAAUCACCUAACAUGCUGGUGUACAGAAAGAUGGAAGAUGUCAUAGCUCGAAUGCAAGAGGAGAAAAAUGGGAUUCCUAUCCGCACAGUGAAAAGCUUUUUGUCAAAGAUCCCUAGUGUAUUUUCUGGUGCAGAUAUUGUCCAGUGGCUACUGAAGAAUCUGAACAUUGAAGAUCAAGUCGAAGCACUGCAUCUUGGAACACUGAUGGCAGCUCAUGGAUAUUUCUUUCCGAUCUCAGACCAUGUACUGACGUUGAAGGAUGAUGGGACUUUUUACAGAUUUCAGACACCAUACUUUUGGCCAUCAAACUGUUGGGAGCCAGAAAACACUGACUAUGCGGUUUACCUCUGCAAGCGGACAAUGCAAAAUAAAGCACGGCUCGAGUUAGCAGACUAUGAAGCUGAGAGCUUGGCCCGUCUACAGAGAGCAUUUGCUCGUAAAUGGGAAUUUAUCUUUAUGCAAGCAGAAGCACAAGCAAAAGUUGAUAAGAAAAGGGACAAAAUUGAAAGAAAAAUUCUUGAUAGUCAGGAAAGAGCUUUCUGGGAUGUACACAGGCCUGUGCCAGGCUGUGUAAAUACGACAGAAGUGGAUAUCAAGAAAUCAUCCCGAAUGAGAAAUCCUCACAAAACAAGAAAGUCUGUCUAUGGGCUACAAAACGAUGUCCGAGGUCACAGUCCCACCCACACGCCUGCUCCAGAAGCAAAGCAACCAACAGUAGAAGAGUUACAUCAACAGAUAAAGCUCUGGCAAAUGCAGCUGGAUAGACACCGGUUAAAAAUGUCCAAAGUUGCAGAGAGUCUGAUAGGGUACUCAGAACAGUAUAUGGAAUUUGACCCAUUCCUUAUAACUCCUGAACCCUCAAACCCAUGGAUGUCAGAUGAUAUUUCCUUCUGGGAGCUAGAAGCAAGUAAAGAGCCAUAUGCACAGAGGGUAAAGCGAUGGGGUUUUUGCAUCGAUGAAGUUUUGAAAGAUCCUGUAGGGAGGGAACAGUUUCUUAAGUUUGUGGAGUCUGAGUUCAGCUCUGAAAACCUACGGUUCUGGUUAGCAGUUCUGGAUUUGAAGAAAAGGCCUAUUCGUGAGGUGCCAUCUCGUGUUCAAGAAAUCUGGCAAGAGUUUCUAGCCCCUGGAGCCCCUAGUGCCAUUAAUGUGGACUCCAAAAGCUAUGAUAAGACCACACAAAAUGUGAAAGACCCAGGAAGAUAUGCAUUUGAAGAUGCUCAGGAGCACAUUUACAAACUGAUGAAAAGUGAUUCCUACCCUCGUUUCAUACGUUCCAGUGCCUACCAGGAGCUGCUCCAGGCUAAAAAAAAGGGGAAGUCACUUACUUCGAAGAGGCUGACGAGUCUGGUGCAGUCUUACUGAUCUAUUUACUCACACUUCAGCUGAGGAGCGGGCCAGUUCAAUUGUUCAAAGCUAUAAAUCACUAUUUAUCCUGAAGCCAGAGGACAUUGUACCAUUCUUUGCAUGAAUGAGGAUGAGGAUGUGUGUGUGUAUGUGUGUGUGAUAUGUUAAGAUAUUGCUGACAUGAAUGGAGAGAGCGGGGAGGGAGGAUCAUUCUACAUAUUUUUAUGUUUACUUCAUCCAGCUCCAUAUCAGUCAGGCUUUAACUUGCUGAAUCUCCACUGAUAGAUAAUAAGCUAAGAUUCAUCAUUAAAUUGAAGCUGUAGCUCAGAACAUCAUUAAGUGGUUGUAUCUGAAAUAUUAGAAAGAUAUAUUACAUACAUAUAAUGAAAUGACCUUCAAUCCAUUAUUACAUUGGGCCACAAGAGACCAUGAACACAGAAAGGUUCCACAACAAGGGUUUAUUAGCGCACCCUUGUUGGAAGUAUUCUGUGCUUCCACUUUAGUGUUUUUAACAUUUUAUUUUUAUACAAUAUCGAAAUCACUAUUUAUUCCAUGUUUAUUAAAAGUUUUCCUUUUCUCUUUUAUUUUUUCCAAGUUGAUUUAUUUUGACAUUUUUUUAUAUUAUGGGUUAUUCACUACAUAUCAUGUUUUGAUAUUAUUUCACUAGGUGAGAGAUUUUGUGCUGAUUAAAGUAGUGAAGUUUUGAUUCUUAAAAUUUAAAGCAGGUGUAUAACAUCUCAAUCAUGUGGCUGGUCAAUUUUGCUUUAAGAUUAUAUUAAAAAAAUAGUAUCAUAGAUAUUUUGUAAAUGACAGUUUUACUUCUCUAUAUCUAGGAAAAGAAAAAUAAAAUUGAUGUAAUGAG